AUGGCUAGCCCUCCUGUCCUAGCCUUCGAUACUGAGGGUCGCCCAGUGAAGUUCGACACCUGGCUUGAUGACCUACACCUCUUCCUACAGCUCACUGCCAAGGAAGACAUCUCACUGUACGAUCAUGCCUUAGGCCACGCUACUGCUCCUGCUGCUACUGCUGACAGCACUGCCCGCUCACAGUGGCAGACUCGUGACGCCCAUACUCGCUUCGCUAUUCGCAACUCUCUGCCGAUAGAUGAGCGCGAGCACUUUGGGCAACACAAGACUGCACAGGCACUGUACACUGCUGUCGUUGCCCGCUACUCCUCGCCGGCCUCUGCCGCUCUAGGCCGUCUCUCUCUUCCCUACCUGUUCCCCGACCUAGCUUCCUUCCACACUGUCGCUGAUCUUAUUACCCACCUCCGCACUAGUGAGGCUCGCUUCCGCGCCGCUAUGCCUGAUGAGUUCCUUGCCAAGAACCCACCCCCGCUCUGGCUCACUCUCUACCACCUAGUCACGCGCCUCCCUGACACUCUGCGCUCAGUCAGGGACCACUUCCUAGCUCGCUGCCCCACCGAGCUCACCAUUGCCCUCCUCGAGAAGGAACUGCUUGCAGCUGAGGCUAGCAUAGUCGCUGUAGGUGCCUCUCGCGGUGACCCCCGUACCCCGUUCUUUGAGGGGUGUUCUCCCUCCCCCCUUCUUCCCUCUAUCGCCUCUGCUGCUGCUGUCGACCUCCUUGGUGCUGAGAAGGUCGGGACUGCGUCUGCUUCGAGUGGGCGCCGCAGCGGCAAGGGCAAGGGGGGCAAGGGCGGUGGUGGUGACAGCGGGGGUGGCGGUGGUUGGGGAGGUGGUGGUGGCGGGGGGGGUGGCGCGGGUGGGGGAGGUGGCAGCAGUGGGGGGGGUGGCGGCAGCGGCGGGGGAGGUGGCCGGGGCGGAGGAGGUGGUGGGGGUGGCGGUGGACGGGGCAGCGGCCGGGGUUGGGGUGGUCGAGGAGGUGGUAGCGGCGGUGGUGGUCGUGGAGGCGCUGGCGGUGGCCAGAGCCAGCAGCACACUCCGUCGCCCCAGGAGGCCACUGAGCUGCCCCGCAAGCUUGAUCUCCUGAAGAAGGGGAUUGAUAUUUACGCUCUAGACUUUGAUGCUAUUCUCACUGCCAUGUAUGUGAUGUCUACUAGUGGAGAGGGUGCUGAGUACCUGAGUGUCCCGCCCGACCCGGGCAUUAGGACUAGUGCGUCUCCCGCUCCAGGUACUCGCCUGUCCGCUACCCCAGGUGCUGGUGAGGCUGCUGCUCUAGGUGCGUGUACGUCUGCCCCCCCUAGUACUGUGUCGACUGCAGCACUGAACACCUUCACACUGGAUUCAGGUGCCUCUCGCUGUUUCUUUCGUGACCGCACUGCCCUUGAGCCCCUUGCUCGGCCAGUUGCUGUCUCCCUCGCUGACCCCUCUGGGGGUCCGAUCCUUGCGACCUCCUCCACUGUCCUUCCCUGUCCUGCGGUCCCGUCGGGCACACUGUCAGGUCUCCACCUCCCCUCGUUCUCAACGAACUUGGUGGCAGGUUGUGCACUACAGGACGCGGGUGUUCACCAGUUCACCCCUGCCUACGAGCGUGUCACACACUGCACGUGUGCCCGUACAGGCCGCCACUUGGCUACCUUCACCCGGCAGCCGGGGUCGGAUCUGUACACACUGACUAGUGCCCCCCCUCAGGUCGCUGCGUCUGCGUCUGCGUCCGUGUCAGGUCAGCUGUCCGCCCCCUGCUCGUGUCGCUCUCUAGCGCACGAGACUGUCCUCUGGCACCACCGACUGGGCCACCCAUCUAUGCAGCGCCCUCGUGCCAUGCACUCCCGGUACCUUGUCUCUGGUCUUCCCAGAGUCCUCCCUCCCCUCCCACCCUCGCCUGCUCCUCCCUGUCUUCCCUGUGUCGAGGGGCGGCAGCGCGCCGCUCCUCACUCCUCCUCGUUUCCCCCGACGACUGCUCCUUUGCAGACGCCCCACAUGGACGUGUGGGGCCCAGCCCGCGUCCGUGGUCAGGGUCAGGAGAGGUACUUCCUGAUCGUUGUUGACGACUACUCGCGCUACACCACGGUCUUCCCCUUGCGAGCCAAGGAGGUGGUGAGUUCUCCUCCGACCUCUUGGCAGCCUACUGUGCUGAGCACGGCAUUGAGCAGUCGUUCACGCUUCCGGCCUCUCCACAGCAGAAUGGGGUUGCGGAGCGCCGCAUUGGCCUGGUCAUGGAGGUCGCUCGUACCUCCUUGA